CUCCAAUCUCUGGUUCUCCGCACUCCGUGCUUCGCGAUCUGAAUCCCCCACCAUGGUCGUCGUCAACGACGUCGAGUACCUCUGCGACGAGGAAAGGAGGCUGCAGGAAGGCCGCGCGCGAAAGCGAUACUGGAAGAAAUGGGGUCCUUAUGUUGCCGAGAGACAAUGGGCGACCGUGCGCGAGGAUUAUUCUGAAAACGGUGAUGCAUGGAGUCACUUCUCCCAUGAUCAUUCCCGCUCAAGAGCCUACCGAUGGGGUGAGGAUGGUAUAGCCGGAGUGUGCGACACACACGGUCAGCUCAACAUUGCAUUUUCCUUCUGGAACGAGAAAGACGACUUCCUCAAGGAACGACUUUUCGGUCUUUCGAACCCACAGGGAAACCAUGGUGAGAGUAUCAAAGAAUGCCAUUUCCAUCUUGACAAUACGCCCUCGCACUCCUACAUGAAAUAUCUGUACAAAUACCCCCAGAAAAGGUUCCCCUAUCAAGAUCUAAUUGAUGAGAAUGCGCGGCGCGGAAAGCAAGACCGGGAAUAUCACCUACUUGAUACGGGCAUUUUCAACGAAAAUCGAUACUGGGACAUUUUCAUCGAGACUGCCAAGGAGGCAGACGACGAAGAGGAACUGUCAUUCCGAGUGAUUGCAUACAACAGAGGCCCGGAACCGGCACCUCUGCAUAUCGUGCCACAGGUGUGGUUCCGAAACACCUGGACCUGGGGCUGGGAGGACAAGUCCAAGAAGCCUAUCAUUAAACAGGAGAGUCCUCUCAAAGUCAAGUCUUCGCACCAUGCUUUGGGAGACCGUUACGUCACUCUAUCUCCUUCCCCGUCAUUCAACGGAAGUGAGGAAGAUAUUCAACCCCGCAUGCUCUUCACAGAAAACGACACCAACAAUGAAGCGUUGUAUGGAACGAAGAACGACCAACCCUACGUCAAGGAUGCAUUCCACCGAUAUAUUGUUGAUGAAGAACAAGAUGCCGUCAACCCGGCCAACGAGGGUACCAAAUUCGCAGCUUGGUACGCUUUUGACGAGGGCGAUGGCGUUCCACCUGGCGAGUGCGCUGUUGUUCGAUUCCGAUUCUCCAGGAAGAAUGAAGACUAUGUCAAUGAGGAACAACUUGACAAUGUGAUUGAACAGCGAAGAUCGGAAGCGGACGAUUUCUAUUACCGUAUUAACCCUCUUCCAAUGACGGAAGAUCUCCGAAAUAUUCAAAGACAAGCUCUUUCGGGAAUGUUGUGGACAAAACAGUAUUACCACUUUAUCUGGGAUCAAUGGGCUAAUGGUGACCCUGCCAUGAUACCUCCUCCGCCGGGCCGGAAGAACGUUCGCAAUCAGCAAUGGAGACAUAUGUACCUGGAUGAUAUCCUGUCUAUGCCGGAUGCGUGGGAAUAUCCUUUCUUUGCCGCAUGGGAUACUGCCUUCCAUUGUAUUCCAUUGGCUAUGGUCGAUCCUGAAUUCGCUAAGAAGCAACUUGACCUGCUUACGAGAGAAUGGUACAUGCAUCCCAACGGUCAACUUCCAGCUUACGAGUGGAACUUUGGUGAUGUCAAUCCGCCAGUGCACGCUUGGGCCGUCUUCCGAACGUUCAAAAUCGAGCGCAAGAUGUACGGCCGGCAGGACCUGGACUUCUUAGAGCGUGUCUUCCAGAAGCUACUGUUGAACUUUACCUGGUGGGUAAACCGCAAGGAUGCUGACGGCAAAAACGUCUUUGAGGGAGGUUUCUUGGGUCUUGAUAACAUUGGCUUGUUCAACCGUUCUGAGCCAUUGCCCACAGGAGGUGUUUUGGAACAAGCGGAUAGUACCGGCUGGAUGGCUUUCUACUGUCUCAGCAUGUUGAACAUUGCUCUUGAACUUGCAAAGCACCGUCGCACUUAUGAAGAUAUUGCGUCGAAAUUCUUCGAACAUUUCAUCCUCAUCUCUGAUGCCAUGUCAUUCAGGAACCAGGAUGGAUUGACUUCUCUAUGGAACGACGAAGACAGUUUUUACUACGAUUCCAUCUCAUACGGUGGACCCUGGUCGCAACAACUCCCGGUUCGAUCUCUGGUCGGUCUAAUUCCUCUAUAUGCAGUUUCUACACUCGAACCCGAGAUUAUCAACCGUUUUCCGUCGUUCAAGCGGCGCCUUAACUGGUUCAUUGAGAACAAAAACGAUGUUGCCGAACGCAACAUUGCUAGUAUGAGUCAUCGCGGUAAAGACGAUCGAUUGCUUCUCGCUCUUGUCAGCAAAGACCGCCUAGAAAAGAUCCUCAAACGCAUGCUUGAUGAGACAGAAUUCUUGUCAGAUCAUGGCAUUCGCUCCCUGUCCAAGUACCAUGAGAAACACCCAUUCUCGAUGGAUGUCAAUGGUCAGAAGUUCACGGUCGGAUACGUCCCUGGUGACUCUGACAGUGGACUAUUUGGCGGCAACAGCAAUUGGCGCGGCCCAAUCUGGAUCUGUGUCAAUUUCUUGCUCAUUGAAUCCCUCUUGAGAUUUUACAUGUUUUACGGUGACUCUUUCAAGAUUGAAUGUCCGACCGGCUCUGGUGACUACAUGCAUUUGGGUCAUGUUGCUGAAGAACUUCAGCACCGACUGCAGCACUUGUAUGUUAGGGACUACGACGGACGCCGUGCCAUUAACAACGGUAAUGAUCUGCUCGACUUCGAUGAGCAUUGGAGGGAUUACUUGUGGUUCUAUGAGUUCUUUGACGCCGACACGGGUCGCGGUCUAGGUGCAUCUCACCAAUGUGGUUGGACCGGCCUACUCGCCAAGGUCAUCCACGACACUGGAUUGAACUGCCGUCUCCCCCAAACUCCUCGCACUCCCACCAGCGCAGCAGCACAUUACUUCGACGACGUCUUCAGUCGUCCCAACAGACCACCCAAGGGAAAUCGCAGGCCCGGCCGUUUUCUCCGGCGUUCAUCGACUAGCCGCUCAAUCGGGAAUCGCAGUGAUUUUGAAGCUAGCAUCCAUGGAGGCGAAGCCGAUGACGAAAACGAAGAUGCGGUGUCUACCAAUGGCACGGUACCGCAUAGUGAUCGCAUGGAAGAAAAUUUUACUAGCUAUAUUGCGGAUCAACUUAAUCGUGUUAGAAAUAACACGACGCUGGGGGCAUAUGAGGAUGAGUUUGUGACGGAGGCUGAUCACGAUGGAAAUGGGACCAACGGGACCAAUGGACAUUAG